AUGUCAUAGCAUGAUCGGUGUUAUAUACACGUGACGUAAGUGGGGGGAACCAUGAAAUGCCCUUUCUCGACAUCCAGCGUUCACAUUCCCGACGAAGGUAGAGUGGAAGUGCUGUUUGGCAGAACAGAAAGGGUUCAAAUUCCUGACGAAGGUAGAGUGGAAGUGCUGUUUGGCAGAACAGAAAGGAGACACGGGUGUGGAAUCCCACGUGCACAAAUGCAUGGUGCGUGAGUGUGAAGAGGUUCUUUGAGGUGGACACGUUUGACGCGAGAAGAAGUUGAGUAUUUUGAGAUGAAUUCAGUAUCGAUGUGGAAUGAACAUCUUAACUUGGACGGUUGGGCUUCAUUCCAUCUUCCAGUUCGUACCAGUGACCAGUGAAGUUGGAGGUGGACACUGUGGUAGUAACAAGUGGGGGCCUGCAUGUGCCAGGAACUGUCCAUCUAACUGUCGCCCUUUACACGACAUAGUCCACUGCCAGGUCAAUACAGGAGAGUGUCUGGAAGGUUGUAACGUAGGAUAUCAUGGUAGCUACUGUCGCAGAGAGUGCAACUCCAAUUGUAUCAACAAUACCUGCAACCAAGUAGAUGGCGAGUGUUCCAUUGGGUGCAAGAAUGGAACAUCGUGUAUAGUGACAUCACCACAAACAAACAAGUCUGAUACAGAUAUCACGCAAACUCACUGCGAUUUCUCUAGCUGCCUCGGUUACAGUGUUUCCUUAGUUGUAGUGAGUGUGCUUUUAUGUGCACUGGCGGGAUUGUUUGUAUAUGCCAUAUGUUGCAAACGCAGACGCAGGCACCAAAUACGGAAAAGUAGGGGUCCUGGGGAGGAAUCGGUUGAGAUGAACAGACUGGAUACUGGAAACAGCUAUUGAUGCUUUCUGCACAAAUAUUGAUCCUUUCGGCAAGUAUGGAUGGAUGCCGAUUAUUUUGUCACGUCGUAUUGUUGACAGUGGUUGUUGGUAUACAGGCUCAACAAUGCCCAGUCGGUUUCUAUGGUAGCAGUUGCCAACAUACAUGUCCAAGGAACUGCAAAAGCCAGCUGUGCAACAUUGACAAAUUUGGUCGAACUGUUUGUACCCACGGAUGUGUGGAUGGAUACAGAGGCACCUCGUGCGGAAUCCCCUGUCCAGUGAAUUGUCAGGUGUGUGAACGUCUCAACGGCAGCUGUGUUAACUGUAAGGAUACCUUUCAUGGUACAAACUGUACUCUCACAUGUGAAGAGUUGUGCAAGGGAUUCCGGUGUGACACAGACCAGACAUGCUCUAAAACGACGUGUCUUGACGGGCGGUAUGGACAGAACUGCAGUAACAAGUGCUACCCCCGGUACCUGACAUGUGCCCGAUCUACUGGAGGCUGCACUGCCUGCAGAGAUGGUUACUAUGGACAGUUCUGUGAACUGGAUUGUCCUCGGUGUGGCUUUACAGACGUAAGUGUGGAUCAGACAUGUAAAGAUGGAUGCAACACGAUUUUAUGUUCAGACAUCACAGGCGGCGACUGUGGAAAGAGUAUACCGCUGACUGUGUUUGUUCCUGUGGUUCUGCUGCUGGUCAUUGUAAUCGCUGUGAUACUGUGUCUGUGGUGGCGCUCAUUCGAGAUCUUCAGGAAGAAAACACCCGACGAUUUUCAACAACUAAUGCUAAAGGCACAUACUAAAAGAGCCUCAGGUCCUGGCAGUCACGUCACACACUCAAGCACAGAUCUUGGAUACAAUAGUAGGGACACUUCAGAAUACACAGGCUCAGUGUAUUCCAGACGUGUUACGUUUGGGACACCCCUAUAUGCUGAUGAUGGAUCCAGAAGGAGCAACAUUUCACUACACUCGAAUGUCUCUCUGUUUGAUGACUCUGAGGAUGAACCAGCGCUGCAACGCGUCACCAAGUGACAUUACAAUAAUACACAACAAAUGGAGUAAAAGAAGAAGAAAAAAGAGAUAGAUAUAUUUCGCUUGUUACAUGAUAACAUAGCAGAUGUACAACUAGCAAUAUUGGUGCUAUAGCUAUAGGUACGUUGUGUCUUUACGAUAACUAAGGUCAUCAAUAUUGUGUGUAAUGAUACAUGUUUGGAGGGAGGGGGUGUUUUUGGCAAUAUAUUAGAUUUUAAGGCUCAUAGUAUUAAUUAAUCGGCCCCUUAAUCGAAACCUUGUCUGUUCUAAAACCUUAUACACUGUAGCCUUUUAUUGCCAGGUUUGUGAGGUGAUAAACUCAUCGAUAAGUACUUUCACACAGUUACACAUAUAUCAUCAGACUUAUGGGAAAAGGCGAGAGUGCCGAUUUUCAGGUGAUGCCAAAUUCAUUGUGCCCAGGGGGAUAUCAAAGGACAUGCCCAAAGAAAAUCUAUUGAAACAAACUUUUUAAAACACGUUAUUUAGUCUUACAAAGUGCAUAUUUACACCAACAAUAAAGUCAUAUGUGAUUUCAUUUUUAUGUGAAAAGCAACAAACAUCUGCCCUGACCCCACAACCAGCGCGUAUGCAUAUUGAAUUCUAAACUAGAGGCCGAGCUGUAGCUGUGACGUCAUCGUGGAGAGACAUCCGCCAUUUUGUUUUUUUACAGUGCAUUAAUCUACAGGACAAUGAAGGAAUUUUCCGUGAUUUUCGGUGUACUGAAGACGCGAAAUUGGGUAUUGUGUGGACGUGGGGGUGUACUAGUUCAUCAAACAAAAGGACACAUUGCCAUGUCUUGAAAUUUUCAAGCGCAAAGGCCGAUUAAUCAUGGAGGAAUGUUUUGAUACAGCGAUGUCAGAGAGGAGUAAAAUGGAAACAGACUUGACAUGCAGUUUUGUGUUUCUUGCAUGUUGAGGCAUCUCUCCAUGAAAGAGAUCCACGCAAACUAAACGAACUUGGUUACGAAAAAGCUAAUUCAUGAUCAAUUGCACGUGUCUAAAAAAAAG